AUGAUUAUACCAAUUCGAUGUUUUACAUGUGGUAAAGUAAUUGGAAAUAAAUGGGAAGCAUAUAUUGAAUUAUUACGAUGUGAAUAUACAGAAGGUGAUGCACUUGAUUUACUUGGUCUUAAACGAUAUUGUUGUCGUCGUAUGCUUCUAUCACAUGUUGAUCUUAUUGAAAAAUUAUUAAAUUAUACACCAUUAGAAAAAUAA